CGCAGCUCAGCGGGAUCUGCUGGACGGCGGUGUUUGGGUGGAAGAUGGCGGAGAGAAGCGAACAGAGCGGCUCCAGCUGAGCAGCAGCGGCCCCUAAAAACAGAGCAGGUUCCUGAAGCAGGCGGAGGAUCGCAGCAGCAGCAUGAGCCGCCGGGAAGCAGGCGUCCGGGAGCCGGUGCAGGAGAGGGGCCCCUCUUGGCCCCUGCCCUCUGGCCAUGUGCUGGGAUCUGGAGCUGUCUGGUUCCCCGGUGUGUUUGAUCAGCAUGGCUGCCCUCUGGUCAUAUUCCCAGUGGAAGGUCAGGACAGGCUUCUGGAGCUCUGCAAAGAAGAAGUGGUGGAUUUUAUAAACCAUUUCCAUUCCCUUCUCUAUAAGAAGCAGGAAAAGCAGAGUUUGGUGUCAGUGGUGGCUGAUCUGAGGCAGGCAUCUCCUCCGACCAUCAGGCUCAUCACAGACACUCUGCUUCUCCUUCAGGAGCACAAGCGAACAGUCCACAGUGUUUACAUCAUUCAGCCCAAAAGGAAGGAUGUGGCAAAGCUGCUGAUGAAACUUCUGGUUCCAUCCAAGUCCUGCUCAACCUCUUCCAGUAAUGUGCUUCUGAAAGACAUCCCAGAGCUAUGGAACUACAUUGACCGGAGCCAGCUGCCAGCCUCUCUGGGCGGAUAUUUUCUAUACUGCCACAAGAGUUGGGUUAGCUUUAUUAAGGAGAUCGAUGCCUUUGAUAAAGAGUUCCUUAGCGUGGUGCAGCGUCUGCCUUCAUGCAUUGCCACUCUGCAGGCUCUGUCCCGGCUGCCCCUGCCCUCCACCUUCGACCAGCUGCAGCACUUCUGCAGCACAAACGAAGCAAAGUUCCUGCAGCUCAGAAGCCUGUAA